AUGAGUGACGAAUACGACAGCUAUGAAUCAGAUCUCAGCUUCGAGUUUGAAGAGGAGGGAUAUUCAAGUGAAGAGACAGAAUCCCAGGACUCGCCCGGCUCCAAUGGAUCUCCGGCCUCGGAAUCGACCUCUCCCAAUGCUCUUUGUAAGUUGACUUAUAGGUCAUUUCCUAUGCUGUCAUUCAUAGAGGAAAAUUUCAUCGCAAAGGCACAGGAUCUCCGAUCGCUGUUCCUCCCGGAUUUUUCUGUAGAUCAGCUUCUCAUCAUGCUCCAAUAUAAGAAUUGGCUGAAGCUGGAGGUGUUAAGUGACUACUACGACAACUGGCCCAAGUUCCGCGAGGCUUGCGGUCUCUGUGAAGAAUCAGGCCAUGAACGUUUCAAAACAGUCAAGGACUUUAUGUGUCCUGUUUGUUGUGAAUCUGGCGAUCUUCAGGUCUUCUCGUUGCAGUGCAAUCAUGAGUAUUGCAGCACCUGCUACCGCACCUAUGUAGAGACAACGGCACUUCAUGGUGCAAUUGUGCGAUGUAUAGAGCCGCUGUGCAAUCUCGCCGUUCUACAUCUGGAUAUCGUGUCUUUAAUUAACAUGCUGCCCACCGGCGUGUCACUAACAGAGGAGUUACAGAAACUUGAUCUCAAAAAGAACGAUGAAACCGAUGGAGAUGAGAAAGAAGACUCUGAUACGGAUCUGCUGUCGCUGGAGAGUUCCGAAACGAAUAGAAAUGAUCCAUCUCCUUUUCAUGUGACGGCAGACCUGUACUUCGAUGUUUUCGACUUCUCAAAGACAUUGACUUCAACUGAUGGCCUAGAUCAUCUGAACGAUGUCAAUCCCCUUUUGAACUCACCAGCAUUGUUACAGGCAGCUCGUAUCUCUGUCGAUUCCAGAUUCAAGAAGUUUUCUUGGUGUCCUGCGCUGGACUGCCCUAGCGUGGUUCAAUUAGAAACGUUCGUCAACAAAACUGAUUCAAACCAAAAGCAAGAGUCUCGUCUCUCAAAGGUUCCUAUCGUGGCUUGUUUCAAAUCUCACGAGUUUUGUUUUAAUUGCCGCUUUGAAAACCAUCUCCCGAGUCCUUGUUGGCUUGCCGAGAAGUGGAUCAAGAAAUGCUCAGAUGACUCGGAAACGCUCAACUGGCUCCAGGCACAUACACAAGGUUGUCCUGAAUGUCUGGCUUUGAUUGAAAAAAAUGGUGGCUGUAAUCAUGUUGUUUGUCGCAAAUGCCAAUACGAAUUUUGCUGGAUUUGUUUCGGCCCAUGGUCUGAGCACAAAUCGAGUUUUUGGCAAUGCAACCGUUUCGUUCCAGAAGAAGUCAAAGAAACCGAGCUGAACAAGUCAAAGCAUCUACUCUCCCUAAGCCGUUAUCUACAUUACUAUCAGAGAUUUGCCGCCCACCAGAUCUCGAUGGCUGGUGACUAUAAGACGCUCGGCACUAUCCAUGCACACAUGCUUAAUUACAUGAAAUACACCUCUUUCACAGAGAGAAACAGCAUAUCAUGGAAUGACAUACAAUACCUCUCAGACUCCUACAAGGGCCUAUGUGCUGGUAGAAAAACGCUUAUGUGGUCUUAUGCGUUUGCAUUUUACUUGUGUCCAAAUAAUUUCUCAACAAUUUUUGAGUCAAUGCAAGAUUUUCUCAAUGACACAGUUGAAAAGCUAUCGCAACUCUUAGAACAAUUGAAGCUGAUGCAACCAUCUAAGACUCUGCGGGUUUUGAUCGCUAAUAAGCGAGAGAAAUUUGUCGAGCUUACAGCCUUGGUUCUUCAAAGACGUCGUAUGUUAAUUGACUGCGCCAAUUCGGGAAUUGAAAAGGGAGAUCUUGUGUUCUUGCAAACAUCAUAA